UCCGGGAUUUAAAGGACCGGUUUGAGCAAGCAUGGCAGGUCCGUGUCUGCCGGUACCCCGCCUCCAGGGGGUUUCGCAGGAGCAGUUCACGCAGCACCUUUACCCGCAGAGAAAACCUCUAGUUUUGGAAGGACUUGAUCUGGGGGCAUGUACUAGCAAAUGGACAGUGGAUUACCUAAGCCAAGUUGGAGGGAAAAAAGAAGUGAAGAUUCAUGUUGCUGCAGUUGCCCAGAUGGACUUCAUUAGUAAGAACUUUGUAUAUAGAACUUUACCUUUUGAUGAGUUGAUUCAGAGGGCAGCUGAAGACAAGCAUAAAGAAUUUUUUAUUUCAGAGGAUGAGAAAUACUACCUGCGAUCUCUUGGGGAAGACCCUCGAAAGGAUGUUGCGGAUAUCAGAAAACAGUUUCCUUUACUGGAACAAGAUAUUAAGUUUCCCAAAUUCUUCAAAGAGGAACAGUUCUUUUCCAGUGUUUUUCGAAUUAGCUCACCAGGAUUGCAACUUUGGACGCACUAUGAUGUAAUGGAUAAUUUCUUAAUACAAGUGACAGGAAAAAAGCGUGUUAUACUCUUCAGUCCUCGUGAUGCCGAGUACUUAUAUUUAUCAGGUACUAAAUCAGAAGUACUGAAUAUAGAUAACCCAGACUUAACUAAAUAUCCAUUGUUUUCCAAGGCUAGAAGGUAUGAAUGUUCUCUGAAAGCUGGAGAUGUGUUGUUCAUUCCUGCUUUAUGGUUCCAUAAUGUAAUUUCUGAGGAGUUUGGAGUGGGAGUGAAUGUCUUUUGGAAGCACCUUCCUUCUGAAUGCUAUGACAAAACAGAUACCUAUGGAAACAAAGAUCCUACAGCAGCAUCAAGAGCUGCACAAAUUUUGGAUAGAGCCUUAAAAACACUGGCUGAAUUACCAGAGGAAUACAGAGACUUCUAUGCUCGGCGAAUGGUCUUAAACAUUCAAGACAAAGCCUACAGCAAAAACUUCGAAUAAACAGAUGAAGAAGUGAAUGCAAUGAAUGUAAAUUUUUAUAAUUUAGCUCAAAUGUUGGAGAAGUGGCAUAACAUCAUCUUUUAAAGAUUCUUUGUUAUGGGAAAGAUAAAGCAAUUUCAGGUUUACAAAUUAGCAAGUAUGAAGGGAUAUUUGUAGAACAAAUUGUUUUGGUUGGAAGAAUACUAUUUUGUUGGAAGAAUCCACCCUAGUUUUCAGAUGCAUGUAACUGAAAGUCCAAUUUAAAACAAUAAAAUGUAUUGAAUCAUUAUGAAGUUUGCUGGUAGAAUAGGCUUCUAUAUUUCUGAUUCAGUGAUUCACUGAUGUCACAAAGAACCUUUGGGUUUUUUUUUCCCCUCGUCUCAUUUCAGUGGCAGCAUUGGCAUCAUCUUAAGGCCAGCUAACCUCGUGGUCAUGGAUUGCUUGCCAAUAGCAGUGGGGGCCAUGAGCUCUUCUUCAUUAACAUGCAGUAGAAGAACCAAACUGGAUUCCAGGGGCCAUCUCUCAGUAGAAGAAAGCUUUCCCAGAAUUCGCCUCCAGAUCCUUGGGUCUUAUUGUUCUCAGGCAGCAUAGACAUGUACAUCCAAGGCAGUCACUGGUAAAGAGCCAAGAAUAGAACAAUCCUUUUUCUGGUCAGGUUUGUGGAGCUGGAUGUAGAAUUCUCUUUCUCUGAGGUACA